GAACACAACACAUAAACGAGCAAGAACUCCAUACCUCUUUCACAAAAUGGCAGCGACUCUCUCUCAGAGAUGCUGGGCUGCUCCCGGCAUCAAGCUCAACCCGACAACACAAACCCAGACUCAAAACCCGAAACCCAAAUCACUAUCUCUCCCACUCUCAGCCAACUCCCCCUGCAACCUCUUCUCCUUCACUCCUCCAUUCCCCAAAUCCUCCUCCUAUUCCUCCUUCCGUACCGGCGUCGCCGCCGUCGAGUCCGACCAGCUCAGCUCCUCGGCCGAAAAGAAACCGAGUAAGUACUACUUUGUUGUGGCCAAUGCCAAGUUCAUGCUUGACGAGGAGGAACAUUUCCAGGAACAGCUGUUCGAGCGGCUUCGGUUGUUUAAGGAGAGGAACAAUGAGCAGGACUUUUGGCUUGUGAUCGAGCCCAAAUUCUUGGAUAAGUUUCCUGACAUUACUAGAAGAUUAGGCCGCCCUGCUGUGGCUCUUGUCUCCACUAAUGGACCUUGGAUUACGUUUAUGAAGCUGAGAUUGGACCGAGUAUUAUCAGAAAGUUUUGAAGCUGAGAGUCUAGAAGAAGCAUUAGCCUGCAGUCCAACCAAGAUUGAGUUCAAGAAGCCGGAUAAAUGGGUAGCACCAUACCCCAAGUAUGAAUCUGAGUGGUGGGGUCCCUUCUUGCCCCCAGGAUCGAAAAAGGAGGCCAAAGUGUAAAUCGCUUCUUUCUUUCGCCUUGUUGUUUCAAUUUACAUGGAUUUUGUCGUCUAUAGUAACUAGAGUUGAUGUGGUGCAUGUAGCUAAUGAGUAGUUUUGAGAGGUUAGCACCUCAGGUAAUUAACAUUCUAGAGUUGGCUAUGAAUUCUUGAAGAGAGGUUCAAAAACAAGAGUUGUGAAUGUGUGAAGGUUCAAAACAAUCAAAAGAAAUUUAUGUGUGCAUUUGUUCAUUACUAUGCAAACAUUUGGAAAUAUUA